AUUGUGAAUAAUUAUGUGGUCUAUUUAUAUCACAGCGAGGAACAACUUGAUUGAUGUUGGAAAGUUUUAUAACGUUGGUUGUUACGGGAACUAUAAUGAGUGUACCCGCGGAAUCAUCGGACUCAUUUCAGCGACGGACCGAGUAGUUUUGUUGACAUUUCUUCACACGGUUUGACUGCUAACUGUUGCUACAUAGUAGUGCUUUAAACGACCGGAGAAAGUGCUUUCUGACAUGUGGAGGAAAGAAUCGGACCGCUUUGAGUUUUUACAAAAUCUCGUCACCGAAUUCCAGGAUACGGACAGCGAUGAGGCCAAGGAGCAGGUUCUGGCCAACCUAGCCAAUUUUGCAUACGACCCAAAGAACACAGACUAUCUGAAGCAGCUGCAGGUCGCAGACCUGUUCUUGGACAUGCUCACAGAGGAGAAUGACAACUUUGUGGAGUUUGGAAUGGGGGGGCUGUGCAACCUCAGCAUGGACCCGGAAUGUCGCGACAUCAUCCUGCAGAGCGACGGGAUCACGUUGGUGACAAACUGUUUAUCCAGUCAGAGGGAAGAGACCGUCCUGUCCGCCAUUACCACCCUCAUGAACCUGGCCACCCCGUCCUCACGCCAGGAGAUCAGCAACGCCGGCAUCGUGCAGUGCAUGCUGCGCUUCUCCCUCAGCGAGAGCCCCCGUCUGCGCAACCUGGCCGCCAUUUUCCUGCAGGACUGCUGCAGCCAGGAGCAGGUUUCCCGAGCCAAGCAGCAAACGGGACCGCAGACUGCAGUCGGAAUCCCGCUCCCCAAAGACUGAAGGUUAGCCUGUCGUGUUUCUGGUCAGUAUUCCCUGCAGAAACAACUCGCACGCUGUAUGGACAAGUGGAACAUAGUGAGUGUCCUACUUUUUGGGGGGGUUAUAUAUACACUGUAUGUAUUUGUAUUUAUUAACAUAUGCAAAUGACCUGAAAAUUUAAAUCAAGCUAGAAGUCAUCUGUCUGAAAAUCUCUUCCCUAGCAUUAGUUUCUUUAAUAGUAGCAGAGAGAAGCAGAUAAUCGAUAGCUGAAAACGCUCCGUUUCAAAAGGCGUGGUAAAACUGGCCCUUUGUGAUGUCACAGAGGAGCGGACCUCCUUAUAAGGACGUGGCUCUCUGCCCUCCCCCGAGCUCUGCUCCUCUGUUUACGUUGCUAGCAAUGGCUCAUAGGGGAAAGCCACGUUUGUUCCCAAUUCCUAAAGACAAGUGGUUGGAGUUCCUGAUUCCCUACCAGCAAAAGAAAUGCUAAUGCUAAAACUAAUUACUAUUGAGAGACAUCUUGAAGUAACCUCUUUUCUUGAGAAACUUGUCUGUCCAGUCACUUACUGGUGUAGGUGUAGAUUCUGAAAGAUCUAGAAAGCUUUCUGUGCUGGUUAUUGUUUGUAGCUGCUCUAUAGGAGUCUGAAAUUUCGAGGACAUGUGUGAAGUUAUGGUGUGGCGAGGUGUCACUACGCCAAUAACUUAGUUCUUGGGUGUAACAAUGUUAAUAAUGUAACCGUAGCUUGGCUAACAUGCAGGUUGUCUUCUACUUUUUUCGACUUUUCCCUUCAGGGGACGCCACAGCAAAUCAUGCCCUUCCUGACACAACCCUCUGUAUUUAUCCAGACUUGGGACUGGCACAUCAAGGCACUGGCUCGUACGCCAUUAGCAAUAGCAACAUUAGCAACAUGCAUGUCGCAUUAUGUAAAUGGAGCCUUUUUGUAGAAGGCUUUAUAGGCGGAAUAGGUAUGAGUCGUUGCUGGCCUCUUUGUAUGUUUAGAACAAAGAAAGUGACAUUUUCUUUUAACGAUGCAAAAAAAUAUGUAAUUAAAUAAAUUACUGUGCAAUUUUCACAGCCCUAGUCUGAAUAUUAACAAAGUAAACAUUUUGAAUUAACAAAACAGAACUAAGAAAUAUCAUCUUUAUUUUCAUAUCAUAGAAAAACAUAAAAGGAAACAUAAGACAUACACACAUAAGCAAAUAUCUUCCAUCACUGAAGAGCAAAUAAAACAUUGAGUUCAGUGUAAGGCAAUUUUAAGGCAUCUUAUUGUAAUGUUACAUUCAGUCAAAGCUACAUUUGAAAUGGCACAAACCGAAGGUCACUUUGAAAACUCCCUGUAUUGCAUUCAAGGUCACUCAGUUGGAAAUGUUUGGGUUGUCAUCCAGUUAAGCUUAAAAAAAAAAAAAAAAACAAGAGUGCAGGAUAUUGUAAAACAUUCUUGUCAGAACUAGAAAUAAAGAAAAAGCUCUGAAAUAGAGCUUAAAAUAAAUAAAUAAAAAAGAGGUUUUCAGGUAUCACAGGGCGAGCCGUGCACUCUGAAGCGAUACAUGCACGUGUACUCCACGUGGCCCCAGUUGGACAACACCUGGACCUCGAUGAUCUGGAAGGCUUUGUCGUUCUCCUCCUGCCGAGCGAGGACAGUUUAGGUGCGUCAAACGAGAACUCGAGGAAGUGGCGUUACAGGAAGUCUUAACUCACGGUGACAGAGUACGUCUGUAGAGCGUCUCCGUCCUCAUCGUACGUGUACGAGCCCAGCAGCGUCCCUCUUUCCUGACUCGCGUCAUCCAGACCCUAAAAAGGAGCAGAGGACUGAACGCAAAGCAAACUUCGCCCCCUCGGCCGAGCGGCUGUCAAACUUACGUAGACGCUGAAGUCUCUCGGGGCGCUACGCAGGGUCUUGCUGGGCGCCAAGGCUUUUGGGAUGUGCUCCAGGGAGAAGGCGGUGGGGAAGAUCCUCAUGGACAACCGGAUCACCAGGAAGCCCGUGGAGCCUUUGAAGGCCCAGCAGUUUCCCGGCUGGACGUCAGGCUGCGGGGGGGGACGUGCAAGCUGCUGUUGCGUUCACUUGUUGCAAGGACAAACGAGUAUAAAAAAGGAAGAAAGACCUGGAUGACGACGCGGGGAGACUGAGAGAAGUACCACAGAGGAAGUCCAAACAAACUGACCAGCGCCGCUCUGGUCUUGUAGGUCUCGGAGCAGCGAGUGCUGAGGAUGCUGCCCCCUGGAGGAAGAGUAGCAAUAUUAAAAACGUGCUAACCGACAUCGGUUGUCAUGUCGCGGGACGCCGUGUGACCUCCAGACUCCAGAGCGUAGUCGGCCAGGCCGGUCCGGUCGUGAGAGAAGAGGCGCAGCGCGUUCUUCACCAUCACGUUGACUUCCUGCAGCCAAACAAACCAGGCAGUGACGAAAAAACGGCAGGAAGUUGGGUUAGCAGCCGCCUUCCUCACCUCCCUGGUCACGGCCAACCCGCCGCCGUGCAUGGCAGCCUCCCUGACCUCCGUGACCUCGCCCUCGCUGCGGCGCUGAUCCAGAUGAAGGCUGAUGUUCCGGAGGAUGCUGCGCUCCAGCGAGGCCAAAGACGCCUGCAGGUCAGCACGGGUGGCGUAGCGCUCGGACAGCCAGCGGAGCAGCGACUCUGGCAGGACGCCGUGAGCUGUAGAGGCCCCGCCCCCAUUUGUCAGCUCUUUCCCAUAGAGCAGAACCCGGACCUCCUCGUGGACCUGUGCUGAAAUCUGGCAAGGGUGAGGUUAGCUUUUGUUUUCUAGGAGGUGAGAACUUGAACUCACGGUCUGCUGGACCAAAUCCAGUCGCCGGCAGCCAUCUUGACAUCCUGACAGAACUUCAACGUCCCGCCUGAUGUCCUCCAGGGCCGCCGCCAGACGGCCCACCUCUGCCAGCAAGGAGUCAUGGGAUUGACGGUCCACAGGGACGCUACAGGAAGUGAGGUGUGAAAAGGCAUAAAGAUGGAGGCGGGGUCACAAGCGUGAUGAAGAUGCUGAAGGUUACCCGACAGCAGCAGGAAGCGUUGAAGGUGACGCCAUUGCUUCUUGCCUCAACCUGACCUCCUGGAGAACAAAGAAGGAGUGGAAAGUUCUACAGAACAGUUAAGGAAGAAGGGAUUGCGUCUACCUCCGUCUUGGCCACAACGUUCUGCAGAUCCACCUCCAGAUGAUCCAGACGAGACGUUUGGCUCUGCUGCUGGACUAAAUCCUGGUGAAGGACAUUUAGAUCAGGAAAGGUGAAGAGCUGGAACUCCAAAGACCAGAAGCGAAGACCUGUUCCCUCUGCCGUCUGUCAUCAUCCAGUCUCCUCCUCAGCCGAGUCAGCUGCUGGUCCACCAGGCUGCGCCACCACAGAUGGCCGUUGUGGGCGGAGUCACGCUGCCGCAGGUCAAAGUACAUCUGCAGAAGCUCGCCCCGUCUUCGCUCCGCUCGCCGCCCACCAACCUCCACGCGUUCCCACAGCGACGCCAGACUGCGCUCCAGGCGGAGAAGGCGUUCAGACUCUGAUGCCGUCGCUUCCUGUCAGGUGAUCGAGGUCAUAUGAUCUUCAUCCUAGAAUGACGUGCACAAAGCAGGUAUGGCGUUCACCUCCUUCGAGUCCUCCACGGCGCCCUCUGAGGAAACCAGGCUGAAGACGGAGGACAGAACCGGGACCUCGGAGACUGAAGUCCUCCACUCGGGGUCGCUCAGAGGCGGUAGACCAGCGGGACCGAAGCAACACAAACCUGAGCGGUGAUGAAACGUUUCAACGUCUAACAUGUUGCGUUUUUCUAGCGUUUUGUUGUGUUGGAUAAAGAAUCCUUAGAGGAAGCGUCAGCAAGGUGAGCAGGAACUUACUGAGAAGCAGGAGGACCACGAAGACACCGACUGGAAACCUGGAGGAGAGGAAUCAAAAAGACACUUGCCAAGUCAGCAGAGGACAGUCACCCCAUCUUCUGCUGAUCCACCUGAACACACCGCCCGAUGUCCGACCUGAACACACAAACAUUUUGUCAAGAACAGGAGAGGAACUCAGCAGACAAGCUCUGUCCGACUACGCAAGCAGCAACAGCCUCGGCUUCAUGCGCAACACAAGAAAGGCCAAGACCAAGCAGGCCUCCCGGGAGACCAAGACGGCAAAACUAGGGGUCAGUCGCCAAGCACGACGGGACGGCGGUAACCUGCAGAGCGUCUGAGGCCGUGAGAAGAAGACAAGAUGGUCGUGGUCAGAGUCCAGGUGAGUGAGGCCAGCCGACGCAAACACCACACUGAGGACGUAAAAGAGGUGAGAAGUCCAUUUAACCUCAGCUAAGACUGAACGCUCCAAGACGGUUGGAGCUCCUGCACCUCAUCUCCUCACUUCUCCUCCUUUUGACUGAGGCCUCCUCUCCUAAUGACGGUAUAAAGACAUAUUUAACCUGUGAACACAGCCAUGUUCCACGUGAGCGCCAACAAGCAGCGGAGAGCCGAGGCCCGAGCGGACGAAGACGAGCCGACGUGGUGCGUCUCCGCUCGCUGCUUUUUCUUACAGCCGUCACCUGUAGGUGGCAGCAGUGAGCGAGGGCGGCUGACUGAUGGAGUCAGGUGGGGAAAGAGUAUGGAAAGGUGGGGGAGAAGCUCAGGGGACAAAAAAAAUAAAAAAGUCCUUUAUAUUUCCAUAUAUCUUUGGAUGGAGUCAGGAUCAGUUUUUCCUGUGGAUGUUAAACCCUGGGACUUUAAAUAUGCAAUAAUAUUCAUUCAUUCAUUUUCUACCACUUUUUCCUCACGAGGGUCGCGGGGGUGCUGGAGCCUAUCCCAGGUGUCUUCGGGCAAGAGGCGGGGUACA